AUGAGAAAUUUUCUUCUAAUAAUUUUGGCAAUUUAAGUGCUUUCUAUUAAGGGAUCAGACUCUAACUUUAGUUUAACUAUAGAACAAAUAAAUAACAGAAUUGUUCAGCCUAGAUAAGACUCAAACUGUAAAGGAAGCUUUUGCUUUGUUGGAGAUACUCUAUUUACUGUUUAGUCAGAUGGCAAAAGAAUAACUUCUAUAACUCUUUCAAACAGCAAUCCUUAGAGUUACAAUAAAUUAGUUAUAGAGACUUGUCCAACUCAAAAUCUAUUGACUCUCAAUGAUGAAGAUAUGCUAAGACUUUAUGCUAAAACAAAAAGUGAAUGCUAUCCAUUUACAAAUUUCAUGGGUGUAAACAAAUACUAAGGUUUAUAUUCCUUUGUUAUCAAUGCUUUACUUGCAGACUAGUAAACUUACUAAUACUUUGACUUAGAUAUAAAUCUUAAGAAUUCUUAAGACAAAAGUGACACAUCAAGCUCUAGCAAUAGUUAUAUUUAGAAGAUGAGUAUACUUAUGAUUGCUUUGUAUAUGUUAAUUUGA